AUGGCACCCGGCGAGUCGAAGGAUGAGCGGGACGAACGAGUUGCCCGGCUCUGGGAGACCCUUGAUGCGCGUAAGGAGGGUCAUAUCGACUUGAAUGGGUUGAAGAAAGGGCUGAAGAAGAUCGAUCACCCUCUCAAAAACGCAGAUGGCAUGCUAUACAGCAUCUUGCGCGAAGUCGACACGAAUGGAGACGGCGAGAUAGAUCAUGCCGAGUUCCAGGCGUUUAUCGACCAUACCGAGUCUGGGCUAUGGCGGAUGUUCCAGUCCAUCGACCACAACAAAAACGGCGAAAUAGACAAGAACGAGUUGCGGAUCGCGUUUGCACAAUCAGGAGUCACCGUAUCAAGUUCGAAGCUGGACCAGUUCUUUGCCGAGGUCGACAAAAAUAACGACGGGGUCAUAUCAUACACAGAAUGGAGGGACUUUCUCCUCUUCCUCCCGCUUCGAUCCCCAACCGAUCUCACCGCAGUCUUAUCGUACUACACGGCCACGGGCAAUCUAAACCCGGAAGGAGAUGUCCACAUCAAUGAUCUACAGGGUUUAGGUACAGAGUCUCCGUUUCUUAACCGUUCUCUUCUGGCUAUCCAGUGCCUUUUGUACAAUAUUCUCUCCUUGCACGCUCUCGCCUGCCUCCUCCCUUCAGCCUACGCGCAAACCAGCCCGCCUUCUGACUCGACCACCACCGUGAAAGGUGAUGUCGAGCUGGAGAAUCUUCCCAUUUCUAAACUCGUCGCAUUGCGGAUGUCUCUGCGGAAUUAUGAACGGAAGUUGACCGAGAAUACCCCUCAACUAGGCUAUUUCGCUGCAGGCGGUGUUGCAGGUGUCGUUUCCAGGACGAUAACUGCCCCUCUUGAUCGUCUGAAAGUGUAUCUCAUCGCUCAGACGGGCGUCAAAAAUUCGGCGCUACGCGCGGCCAAGGAGGGCGCCCCACUUGCUGCGGCGGGAGAUGCCUCCAAAACAUUAUUCGAUGCGUUCAGAGAGCUUUGGCGGGCUGGCGGUAUCCGGAGUUUGUUUGCUGGAAACGGAUUGAAUGUCGUCAAGGUUAUGCCCGAAUCUGCGAUCAAAUUCGGAGCAUACGAGUCAGCCAAGCGGUUUUUCGCCGGCCUGGAAGGGCACAAUGAUACAAAACGACUUCUUCCAACUUCGCAAUUCUUGUCAGGUGGUAUCGGUGGAAUGGUCGCCCAAUGUUUCGUAUAUCCCCUCGACACUUUGAAAUUUCGCAUGCAGUGCUCGACCGUCGAAGGCGGAUUACGGGGCAACAAGCUCAUUGCAGCAACAGCCCGCAAAGUCUGGAAUGCGAACGGCCUUUUCGGCUUCUUCCGUGGCCUGCCACUCGGCCUAAUGGGCAUGUUUCCGUAUGCUGCGAUUGAUUUGACAACCUUUGAGUACCUGAAACGUGCGCUCCUCGCUCGCCAGGCUCGUAUCAAGCAGUGCCAUGAAGACGAUAUUCCACUCAACAAUUUUGUCACCGGUGCCAUCGGUGCGUUGAGUGGCGGCCUGAGUGCAUCGGUGGUCUACCCACUCAACGUCAUGCGAACUCGUCUUCAGGCACAGGGAACCGUUUUGCAUCCAUCAACAUACACCAGCAUCGGUGACGUGGCUCGCAAAACUCUGGAAACAGAAGGCCCCCGCGGCUUUUACAAGGGACUUACUCCUAAUCUCUUGAAAGUGGCGCCCGCUGUUUCAAUCAGUUACGUGGUCUACGAGAAUUCAAAACGAUUCCUCGGCCUGAAGUAA